CGCCUUUGGGCCAUCGGCGAUCGUGCGGGUUCCUCUGCCAUCUGUCUCGACGAUCCGCCUUUCGCCAUGGUGUCCCUCGGCGUGCAGCACCGGAUAGGACAGGAAAGCUAUGGCUCGGUCGAGGUGCAGGUCGGCAACAGCAAGCAGUCUAUCGAUUCGGCCGUCAAAACGCUGAUAAAGUCCCAGGGGGUCAGCCCUCUUCUCGAGAAUCCCUUGCAAUCGGCGGUGGCAACGUUGCUGGGUUUGCUUGAGUCGGAGCGCCAGGAGACCCAGCUCGCUUCCGCCCUUGCGCUGCCACAGGAGCAGCAAGCCGAAAACACCAAGGGGCUCAUGCACCUGUACGGGGAGAGCACUGCGGCCUACCAUGUACCGAGCGGAGAGCCCAUAUUCCCGGUCGCCUUGGCAUAUCUCGUCAACUCGUCGGACUAUUCGAUACUGGACACUCUACUCAACCUCGAGCGCACAUACGGCCAGGCGAUUGAGGCCAUGUGGGCCAAGCGCGACGAAGGCAUUGCCGAGAUCCAAGUCAGACACAGCCGGGAGAUUGGAAGCACCGAACAUACUCGCAGAGAAAUCGGCUUGGCUGAAAUGCUCUCCCGUCACAACGAGGAACUGGAUAUCUUCAGAGCCACGAUAGCAAGCGAGAUUGAGGAGCUGCACAAAUCCCAGCGCCAGGAGUAUCAGGACUUUGUGGUCAAGGUCUACGAGGAAAUGCAGCACCGCCUGAAUGACGGAGCCGACAAAGGAAAGAAACUGCAGCAGUCCGAAGCAAUAGCAACAUUGGCUCCGGAGCCGGGGGCCAAGGCCGAUCGGCCGGCCAGCGCCCUCGAUCCCUCCGAGGUGAUUACAACGGCCAUCAAGAAGCUCGAGCGGCAUCCGUCGAUGGAAAUCAUGAAACUAGAAGGGGACGAGCAGCGGAGCCAAAUGAUAGCACAGAAAGCCGCUGUCCAGCCCGGACCUGCAGCCGAGGAAACUGAUUCUAGUCCACAAGCACCCAUUUCCCCUCCUCCAAAGCCCGAGCCUCCAGUCGACCCUCGUUUGGAGAAGAAGAUAUCGGAACUGUCGGAGAUGGGGUUCUCCAAAGAAGAGAGCAGCGCUGCCUUGGAGAUCACCGGACAGGACCUGGAGCGAUCUAUCGUGCUCCUGCUUGAAAAUCCAGGCGUUGUUCAGCAGCACCUCGCCCAACGACAGACUCGCACACCGCAGCUGGCCCGGUCGACACCCAACCUACAGCAGUCCGCAGCUGGCCGCCCGAGCACAACAGCCGCACUUUCACGCGAAAGCAAGGACUCCGUAUCGACGCCGCCGCUGCCGGCUCGUGGCGGCGUCAAGAAAUCCCCCUCGACCUUUCUCGGCCGAGUGUUGUCCAACAGUGGUGGGUCGUCAGUAGGCUCUCCUGUCCAAACACCGCCCGAGUCGCCGUCGCUGGCGCGCAGACCCUUCAAUCCUGUCGCCUUCCUCAAGGAGCAGCAACAAAAGCUCCAGCAGUCGUCGGCUGGAGCGGCGGCGACGUCGGGACUCAAGCACGUCUCGAGUAUCUUUGGCAAAGCCUUUGAGGCCCUCAAUGAGUCGCUGGGACUCGAUGACGUUGACGGAUCGGAGAAGCAGCGCUCUGCCUCUGUAAACUCGCCUUCCGGCGACACAUCCAACGACAGCGGCGAGAGCUUUACCGUCCAUUUCGGACAGCGGGUCCGAACUAUCUACAACCUCCGGCUGCAGGUGUCCAGGAUAUCGGCGCAGUUUAGUCGCAAGCUGGAGCCGGAGCAGCAGGUGGCGUGCUUGACGCAGACCACGACGUCCCUGUACUCGGAUGACCUGAGUGCGGCUAUCGUCCUGCUGACACCACAGCAAUUCGCGACCUAUGCGUCCGGCAACUCAGCUAACAAGGAACUGAUUCGCAAGUGCCAGCGCUCGACCGAGUUUCAUUUCAACGAGAUCGACAUUCAGCUGAAGGAGAUCGAGCGAAGGCUUCCCCAGGACGAGAGGGGCCAGCCACUUCUGGAAGAAGGCGACUUUUUCAUCACGAAGCACUCCAACCUGCCUCUGAUCCAUGUGGUCUUUCAUCUCAUCAUUGGCGACGAAUCGCUUCGGGGCGAGAUGUCUCCUAGGUCACCGAUUCUUGAAGGAUACCGGAAUAUCCUGCGAACCUGCCACCGCUGUGAGAUCUACAACGUCUCGGUGCCGCUGCUGCUCGUGCCAGACUUUGACUCAGACCCGCCGGCGUGCGUGGCCUCCGAGGCUCUGGUCCAGCGCCGCGGCGAGUACGUGAUGAAGGCGACCAAGGGCUCGAUGAUGGAGCACACUCGAUCAACGACGGCUGUGGGAGGCAGCAGCGGCAACGGCACCGCCGGCAGCUCGUUCACCGCCAAGCCACGAACGAUCAUCUUUUCGGUCCCGCGAGGAAUUGGGCCGGUCGUCUAUGCGGGUGUGAAAGAGAGGCUGUCGGAGAUCUUUAGAACAACCUGAUCGCAGCAGCGGACGUCGAUCCCAGACCGAUGAGAGUCGUCUUGGGAGACCCGGAGGAAGCCGACCGACAAGCAUGCAUUGUGCGAUCUAGAUUUGGGGCCGUGGGAAUC